UCUGUUGCCCUCUGGUGGCCACAGCUGGGUCACAGGGGCUGGAAACAAGUCGCGCGUAAAUGACGUGAUUUAGAAGGGACGCACGAGUUCUCAGCUUCACGUGAAAACAUCAACAACCACUUUUACAGGAAAGAUGGGGAAAAAUAAACAAAAAGGAAAAAAACAGCAGAAUGUUUUCCAAGUUGCAAACAAACAUUUGAAGGUGAAGAACAAAGCCAAACCAGUCAAGACCACUUUAAAACACAUUAAUACAUUAAAGAAAGAGAAGGUGGAGAAUCUCAAUCAGAUGUUCACAGAAGUCCAGAGGGAUAUGAAAAGUGUGUCAAAAUCAGUUGGUGCUGAGCCCAAGAAGCAAACGCUGGUAGUUAAAGAGACCCCUAAAGAGGCUGUAAAUGUAGACAAUGCGGCUCAGCUCUUCUCUCAGUUAUAAUGGACCAAAUAUUAGAGACUAUCAAGUGACACUUUUUGUGCAAUUGCACUGUUUGUGCAAUUAUGGACUUUUUGUCGUUCAGUGAUGAAAGGGAAUGACAAGAAAAACACUCAAUCGGAAGUCAUUCACAACAACAUUUUUCCACUUUGUUUUCAUCGACCGCUUUCGCUCCACAACAUUUGGAGUGUUGAGAGCCUCUGGAUUCAGUGCAACUCCAAGUUAUGUCAACCUAAACAAUGCUAUAAAAGAAUUGAUCUAUUAAACUACCAUACACUGUUUAUUAAAUUUAACAAAAUCAUAUUGAAACUGUUGAA